AUGGCGGAGCUCCUCCGGCACCCCGCCGCCAUGCGCCGGGCGCAGCGCGAGAUCGACGCCGUGGUGGGGCGCGACAGGGUUGUGGAGGAGAGCGAUCUCCCGGGGCUGAAUUUCCUGCACGCCAUCGUCAAGGAGACGCUGCGAUUGCAUCCGCCAUCGCCAGUGAUCCUCUACGAAUCCACCAUGCCCUGUGUGUCGAGCGCCGGUUACCGGAUCGCACAGGGCGCUCGGCUGCUCGUCAAUGUCUACGUGAUCUCCAGGGAUGCCAAUUCGUGGGAGAGGGCGCUGGAUUUCUGGCCGGAGCGAUUCGAUGAGGGCGCGAAGAAGGGCGUGGAUGUGAGGGGCCAGAAUUUCGAGCUCAUCCGGUUUGGAUCCGGGCGGAGGAUCUGCCCAGGGAUGGGGAUGGGACUCCGGAUGGUGCAGUGCGUGCUGGCGAGGCUGCUGCAAGGAUUCGAUUGGGAGAAAAUGGGAGAGAUCGAUAUGAGGGAGAAAUUUGGGCUCGCCAUGCCAAAGCUCGUCCCUCUCCACGCAAUCCCAUGCCCCAGGAGGUCUUCUUUUUCCCGCUCAAACUUUUGUUUGAAUUGAUGCAUUUUGGGUUAUAGUAUUUUAGGGUUUGUGGUAAAUCGGGUUAUGCUAAUAAUUUCUUUAAAUGAAGUAUUAGGAUAUGUUUUAAUCAAUUAAUCUAACUACGGGUCAUUUUGGA